AUGUUCCUUCUCGAGCCACGAGUUCUGGCGUACGCCGCGGCGGCGUACGUCGCAUUUGCGAUUGUCAAGACUAUCUAUCUCGGGUUCACCAACCCUCGUUCGCAUAUCCCAGGUCCAUGGUAUGCACGCUUUACAGGCCUCGUGCACAACAUCACUCGUGUCGCGGCAUCCAAGCACCGAUGGACACAGCGGUUGCACGAGAAGUACGGGCCUAUCGUCCUGAUUGCGCCGAACGAGGUCACCAUCUCGCACCCCGAAGUCCAUCACAAGAUCCACGCUAUGGGCAGUGGCUUUUACAAGGGACCGCUGUACGAUUCUGUCGAUGGCGGCCGUGCGCGCUCGCUCUUCAGCAUGAGAGACCCCAAGGAGCAUGCUCAGCGACGCAAGCUCUUCUCCCGCGCCUUCACUCAGGUCUCCCUGCGCGAGAACUGGGAGCCGACGGUCCGUCAGAUGGUUAACCUUGCAAUUGAUCAAAUCAAGCACGAUGCCGAGCUCGGCACGGCGGACGUGUACAAGUGGUGGCACCUGCUGACCAGCGACGUGAUCUCGACGCUGUCUUUUGGGGAGUCGUUCCAUAUGCUCGAGGCUGGUGAGAAGACCGAGUACUUUUCAGCAUUGAAAUAUGCUGGGAUGCAGAUAAUCCUGAAGCUCGUUUUCGGUCGGGCCUUGCCUCUGUUCGGGUAUCUUCCUUUUGAGACGUUCCGCAAGAUGACAAGCGCCAACAAGAUCAUCUACAACCAGGGCACCCGCGCCGUCGAAAAUCUCCGCCAGGAACGCCCCGAGUGUCGAAAUCUGUUCAGUGACAUGCUCAGUAUGGCGGAAAGCGGCACCAAGGCGGAGCUCACAGACGAUGCAAUCCGUUCCGAGGUGGCGAACAUGAUCAUCGCCGGUACUGAUACGACAGCCGUGGCCCUGACGUAUAUCAUUUGGGCGGUAGUCAAACGUCCCGAGCUUCGAAAGAGACUGGAAGAGGAGGUCGCCAAGCUGCCACCAAAUUUCAAAGAUGAGGAUGUAGAGCGGCUUCCGCUGCUCACUCAGGUGAUCGAAGAGACCUUGAGGCUGUACAACCCGGGAGCAGCUCCGCUGCAACGGGCCGUGCCACGCGGCGGAACAACUCUGCUUGGGCUGUACUUGCCAGAGGGCAGCCUGGUCACCACUUUGAACUGGAACUUGCAUCGUGAGAAGAAUGCCUUCCCCAAUCCCGAAGAGUUCGACGAGACACGCUUUGAAAACCCCACGCCGGAGAUCAAGGCAGCUUACAAUCCGUUCAUGAUUGGGUCCAGGAGCUGCAUCGGCAUGCACCUGGCUAAGAUGGAGCUGCGUCUGGCGACGGCCCAGUUCUUCCGGGAGUGCAGAGGUGCGAAGCCGAGCAAAAAUAUGACGGACGAGAUGAUGGUGCAAAAGAUGCAGUUCUUUAUGUUUCCGGUGGGCGGGAAAUGCGAGAUCACACUUCGCAGCGAUUGA